GAAAAGCAUUGUUUCCUGUUAGUACUUAGUAGUUAGUAGCGACUAUCUUGGCAAGAUUCCAAAAACAAAUUUCACUAAAAAGGAAAAAAGAGCUUGGUAUCCACGCCUUAUUGCUCUCUCUCUAAAGGUUGAGAAGAUGGUAAAUACAUCAAGUUGAUUUUGGGUUUUCGACGUUUCGUGUUCGUAUCUUUCGAUAAUGUCUCGGCUUCUCUCCAAGCUCUCUCCCCUCAUUCACAAGAGCAAGAGCAAGAGCGUUCGUUUGUUUUCAUCGUCCAAGACCGGUCCCUGUGCUUCGAUUUGCAGCGUUGUGGAACCCUCAACGGACGGCGCCGGCAACGGCAACGUCGGAGAAGUCCUGUUGUACGACGUCGCAAAACAAGAGUUAGUUAGAGUGGAAAAAACAUAUCCCGAUGAGCUUUACGACGCACAGUUGGUCGGAGCUUCCCAUGGAUGGGGUUUUUUCUCCAAUAGAGAAGAUCGUUCGUUAGUUAUCAGCGACUUUCUGAACCCAUAUGCUUCCAAGUCAAAACCAAAGAUAGUUCCUCUGCCUCCGUUUACUAGAAUGCCCACUUGCCAAACCGAAGUCGUGUGCAACGUGGCCAUGUCCUCUCCUCCCGAGCCAUAUGACAAAGACUGGGGCGUUGGCAUCAAAUUCUUGGGUAAACAGCUGAGUUUCUGCAGGCCCAACUGUGACCUACGUUGGACUAACAUCCCAACACCUUUUGAGUCUUGGGAUAGCUCAAAUCUAAUGUAUUCCAAGAAAGACGAGAGGUUCUACUUGCUUGCUCCCGGAGGCAACUACUUAUGCUCCUGGGAUCUAAACUUCAAGAAAGAUAACAAGCCUAAGUUCCAUGAGUUGGUGUUGCACAACCUCCCCAAGAUGCCAAGUUCCCGAUGGAAGCGUUUGGAUUCCUUUUGCAGGGAGGAUCACUGGGUGGAGUCACCUUCUGGCGAAUGUUUCCUUGUCAAAUGGUACUCGGAAUACACUCCUAAAGGGUUCAAAGCACCGGCGUUAAUGGUGUUUAGAGAGGAGGACACAGUAAGUGGGAAGAAAAACAUGCGUUAUACAGUGGACAUUGGAGAUCUCUGCAUUUUCAUUUCAAAGGGCGAGGAUUUCUGCGUUGAGGCCAGCUCUUGCAACCUCUACCCUAACUCCAUCUUUUUAAAUGGCCGUAUGCUUGCUGCGCUCAAUAUCACCAACAAAACCACCGGUUGCUAUGAAUAUCCCGAAGGUACACCAGACAGGAUUCCUUACUCCCCGUACUGGCUUCCUCCGUUUUCGAGCUCUAGCUAAGCUUGUGCUGUGUAUUUGCUUCUUCAUUCGUGUUAUUUGUGUGGAUGGUUAUGUCCUGUUGACCGGUUUUGGAUUACUAAGAUAGUAAGAUCUAAUUCAAGAUCAUCUAUGUUCCUUUUUUCUUCUUCUGGAAUUCUUGGCCCCCGU